CUCCCGGGGGCUGCAGUGCGGUCCUCCCGCCAGCAGGGCGCUGCCGCCGCCGGGCGCCGGGCCGCAGACCGUCUGCUUCAGUGAGUCGGCUCGACAUGGCGGGGCUGCCGCGGCGCAUCAUCAAGGAGACCCAGCGUCUGUUGGCGGAGCCGGUGCCGGGGAUCCGCGCCCAGCCAGACGAGGCCAACGCCCGCUACUUCCACGUGGAGAUCGCGGGGCCGCAAGACUCGCCCUUCGAGGGCGGCAACUUCAAGCUGGAGCUCUUCCUGCCCGAGGAGUACCCCAUGGCUGCCCCCAAAGUCCGCUUCGUCACCAAGAUCUACCACCCCAAUGUCGACAAGCUGGGCCGCAUCUGCCUCGACAUCCUCAAAGACAAGUGGUCACCGGCCCUGCAGAUCCGGACGGUCCUGCUGUCCAUCCAGGCUCUGCUCAGUGCCCCCAACCCCGACGAUCCGCUGGCAAACGACGUGGCAGAACAGUGGAAAAACAGUGAAUCACAGGCCAUAGAAAUUGCCCGUGCAUGGACUAAACUCUACGCCAUGGGCAGCUAAGUUACGACGUCGAACGUGACCCUGGCCUGCCUCCACGCUCCCUCCACGCCAGCCCGUGACCCCUCCGAAUGUACAGUGUCCAUGGAGUUGUGGGAAGACCUCCUAUUAUUUAUAACUUGUUCAGUAUGGAAAUGCUAAAAAAAAAGAAACCCUGUUUUUUUUUUGUAAUGAUCUGUAGACCUGGGACAAUGCGACCUGUUGUGUAUGAUGUGUACAUGUAAAUAAAUCAUUGUAUGGA